AUGGAGAAAGGGAAGAAGAAAAAGAAGUGGUGGAGGUUGUCUUCUUUGUUUGGAGCUGUGAAGAAACAUCUGAAGCGCAGCUCGAACCCAGUUCAGGGUGAAGUAGAGCUGCAGCAAGAGCAAGAGCAGAGUGAGGGAGUGAAGAACCAGAACCAGUGUAAAGACAGAUGCAGUGGAUGCUUGGAUCUCCACAACGUCUUCCAGAAGGAGAAGGACCUCAACAUCCUGACUUCAUUUCCAGCCACUACCAGCUGGGUGAUCUGCUGGGGUGAAGGUGGAUUUGGUUCUGUGUAUGAGGCGAGACGUUUGGAGGAUGACCUUAAAGUGGCGGUCAAAUAUGUUAAUAAGACCGAAACCUACAGGCCAAGUUUAUACAUUCCUGGAUAUCAGCAACAUGUUCCACUGGAGAUCGCCCUCACAAUCCUGGCUAAUAAAGGCCCCAGAGUGCCAGAGAUCAUCCAGCUGCUGGACUGGAAGGACUACAAUGACCAUUUCGUCAUGAUCCUUGAAUGUCCCUCUCCUUGCGAGACUUUGGAAGACUUUGUGGGGCGUCAGGGUGGACGUCUCAACGAGAGCUUAGCACGGCGAGUCAUGAUGCAGGUGACUAAAGCUGCGAACGUGUGCUGCCAGCGCCAAGUGUUCCACCGUGACAUCAAACUGAGCAACCUUCUCAUCAACAACCAGACACUUGAAGUCAAACUAAUUGACUUUGGGUGUGGGGACAUUCUGUGGACAACUGUCUACAUGUCAUACUCUGGCACAGCAACAUACGUCCCUCCUGAGUUUCACAUAAAGGGAAAGUACCACGGCAAGCCUGCGACGGUUUGGUCACUGGGGGUUCUGUUAUUUAAAAUAGUGGCCGGAUAUUAUCCAAGUUUCUUAGAUCUGCACAUGCUCAAACUGCAUCUCUGGUCCAAAACUGGUCUGUCAAACGAAUGCUGCAGAUUGCUCCGCGCUCUCCUGCAAAUAAAGCCAAAGAACCGAAUUCAGCUGGAGGAAAUCCUUUCCCACAAGUGGUUUACGGCCACCACAUAAGACCACCUCAGAAGUUGUUGUAUCUUCAGCUCUCCAAUGGUUCCUGCAAUAGUUGCAGCAGUAUCAGAGGCCCAGUCUACCACGUCUGUCCCCUGCAGUCCAAAACAUCCCAGAAAAGCUGUUUUAAACUAGAAUAUAUAUUAAGUUAAAGUGUUAUUGUCGCGUUAA